AUGACAAAACAUGAACGUGAACUAAAAUCUCCGAAUAAAUCGGAAGAAAAGAUUGAAGGAAUACCAACUAAAAAUGAUAUAACAUACAUUGAUGACAACGUUACGAAUUUACGCACAGUUACUGAUGAAAUUCCAACAUCAUGUCGAGUUGUGAUUUUUUGCGAAUUUUGCGAUCGAUUCACACUUUUUGGGAUAAUGGCUAUACUCCAAAACUAUAUUCAGUUUCCUUUGCCCACUGCACAUAGCCAACAACCAGGCGUUAUGGGUAAAGGGGAAAAUGUCGCAACGGCGUUAACCUUGUUUUUUAUCUUUAUAACAUACUCAACUUUGAUGAUUGGUGCCGUCAUUGCAGAUGCCUAUUGGGGAAAAUAUAAGACAAUCGUUGUAUUUGGGAUUAUUUAUGCUUUAGGACCAUUAAUUUUAACAGCAACAUCAAUCCCGCCAGUACUAAACACCAAUGCACCAUUCAUAGGCUUAAUUAUUACUAUCUUGUUGAUAGGAUUAGGACGUGGCGGUGUAAAAUCCAAUUAUACGGUAGCAGCUGCAGAACAAUAUCCUUAUAAGAAACCAUACCUAAAAACAUUGAAAACCGGCGAAAAAGUAAUAGUCGAUCCGGAAUUAACUAUUCAAUCCAUAUUUAAUUUGCUAUACGUGGUGACAAACUUCGGGAUGCUUUCGCCAUUUAUUACAACUACAAUAGAGAAAUAUCAUUCAUAUUGGCUGGCUUAUUUAAUAUGCUUCGUGUUUUCCGUCCUUUCAAAUUUGAUUUUUUAUCUUAAGAAUAAGGAUUUCAAAAAAAUCCCCCCUAAUGGAUCUAUAUUGAUUGAUUCCUUAAAGGUAUUUCGGAUUGCUUUGACAGGUCGAGCACGUGGUUUAAAUUCAGCAAAACCAUCAAACAUGACUCCCAUUCAAUUAAAUCAGUACCAUGUAAAGUGGGAUGACGAUUUUGUGGAUGAUCUGAGAAAAGGAUUGCAAGCCUGUAGUCUAUUCUUGUUUAUUCCGAUCUACUGGGCAGCGUAUAGUCAAUCAACCACCAAUAUGAUUUCUCAAGGAGCGACGAUGCGAUCCGGGAAGAUGUCAAACGAUUUAAUGACUGAUAUCGUGCCGUUGGCGGCGAGUCUUAUUUCCAUUGUUGUGGAUAAAAUCUUAUAUCCAACACUGCUUAAAUGUGGUGUAUCACUUCUGCAAACUACUAAAAUAUUUAUUGGAUUUGUUUGUAUGGCUUUGGCAAUGGCAUACGUUGCUGUGCUUCAAUGGUUUAUAUAUAAAACGGGACCGUGUUAUCAACACACGCUAUGUAUUAUUGAUGGUAAAAUGGUUCCGAAUGACAUUACUGCGCUUGAGUAUGCAUAUCAUAAGGCACCGACUUCGAUGGAAUCAAUGGUUACCGCUUUGUUCUUUACAACUGAUGGCGUUGGAUCAGCCUUAGGACUCCUCGUGGUACCGUUUUCGCAUGAUCCUUACACAUUCUACGUUUAUAUCGUUAUGGCAGCAUUAACUAGCAUCACCGGAUUACUACUGAUAAUUCUGUUUCGCAAAUAUGACCUCAAACCGUCUUCUUUGUCGGGUAAUUCUUGA